AUGUCGAACGGAAUUCCAUUUCAAGUUCCAAAACUCACAAAAGAAAAUUAUGGAACUUGGUGCAUCCGAAUGAAGGCGUUCCUUGGAGCUUAUGAUGCUUGGGAACCUGUUGAGAACGGAGUUGAGGGUGAAGAUGCUGCCUCUGUAAAGAAGGAUCAAAAGGCCCUUAGAGUCAUUCAUCAAGGCCUAGAUGAGGUGAUGUUCGAGAAGGUUGCUAGCACAACUACCUCCAAGCAAGCAUGGGAUAUUCUUCAAACUUCUUUUAAAGGAGUUGAUAAAGUAAAGAGAGUUCGUCUCCAAACACUAAGAGGAGAGUUCAAGUCGCUGAAAAUGAAGGAAUCCGAAUCAAUCUCGGAUUACAUGUCAAGAGUUUUGGCCAAUGUUAAUGAAAUGAAGAGGUAUGGAGAUGACAUCACGGAUGAACGGGUCGUUGGAAAGAUUCUACGAUCCUUAACUCCAAAGUUCAAUUACGUGGUCGUGGCCAUCGAAGAGUCCAAGGAUUUGGACACCAUGACUGUUGACGAGCUUGCCGGAUCGCUGCAAGCCCAUGAAGAAAGAGUGAAGCCAAGACAAGAAUUGGUGGAGCAUGCUUUUCAAGCAAAGCUCUCUUUCAAAGAAAAAAGAUGA